GCGGGCGGACUCGGCUCGGCUCGCUGCGCGCCAUGGCCCCGGGCCUGCGCGGCCUCCCGCAGCGCGGCCUCUGGCUGCUGUUGGCCCAUCAUCUGUUCGUGGUCACCGCCUGCCAGGACACAGACUACGGCACCCUCCUGCAGGAGCACUGCCUCGCCCCGUUCAAUGUGGACAUGGAGGCCGUCGGCAAGACCAUGUGGUGCGACUGGAGAAAGACCAUCGAGAGCUACAGGGCGCUCACGCAGUGCACCCAGCAGGUCGCCGCCCAGCUCGGCUGCUUCUGGCCCAACGCGGAGGUGGACAAGUUCUUCAUGGCCGUCCACCGGCACUACUUCCGGAGCUGCCAGGUGUCGGGCAGGGCGGUGCACGACCCGCCCAGCAGUGUCCUCUGCCCCUUCAUCGUGGUGCCCAUCGCAGUGACCCUGCUGGUGACGGCGCUGGUGGUCUGGCGGAGCAAGCGCACGGAGGGCAUCGUGUAGGCGGCCACAGCG